UCAGAAUUGAAGCAUUUCUACAUCUUUCAACUAUCUUAUUGUGUUUGUAUUUGAUCCAAAAAAGAUGCCAAGUGGGACGCUUGAAGUUUUUCUUGUAAAUGCCAAAGGCCUUGAAGACCAAAAUUGGCUCAGUAUGAUCUUCUCAAUUAUGUUUAUGACGAAAGAUAAUACGGUGUUUUGGCUUUUAAUUUGAUCUUGAUGAUUGAAUGCUCAUUUAAAAUAAUGAUGAUAGAUCUAGCUUUUUGUGACAAAUAAUGGCGUAAUUUUUGUUUAGAUCGUUAUCUGAUUUUGAUUUGAGAAGAAAAUUAAUAUGACGAUAAAGAUCAUCUUAUCAAUACUAGUAUGAAUCCUUAUGUGAUCCUCACCUGUCGGACUCAAGAGAAGGAAAGUAGUGUUGCAUCAGGUGAGGGAACUAAUCCUGAGUGGAAUGAGACCUUUGUUUUCACCAUCAGUGGUGAUGUUGAAGAGAUCACCCUCAGGAUUAUGGACAAAGAUACUCUUAGUUCAGAUGAUUUUGUUGGAGAAGCAAAAAUUCCCUUACGUGAAGUGUUGCGUGAAGGAGAGGUGUCUGAACGAGCUUACAAUGUUGUAAAAGAUGAAGAAUAUUCUGGAGAGAUAAAACUCAGCCUCACCUUCAAAUCUGAGUCGGGUUCUUGUAGAGGAGGUGAUGAAGAAGGAUACAGUGGACGUAGAAAUAAGUCACGUAAUGACUCCAGAGGAUCUGAUGAAGAAGAAUAUGGUGGUGGACAUAGAAAAUCGCGUAAUGACUCUGGAGGAUCUGACGAAGAAGAAUAUGGUGGACGUAGAAAGUCCCGUAAUGACUCAGGAGGAUCUGAUGAAGAAGAUUAUGGUAGACGUAGACGAUCAAGUGAUCGUCGUAGAGGAAGUGAUGAAGACAACUAUGGUGGAUAUAGAGAAUCACGUGAUGACUACUAAUUCCAGGAGUUUAGGCCGUUUGGUUAACACUUAACCCUAACCAUUCAUUGAUGGAAAUAAUCCUCUAAUAAAUUUUGCAAUGGUUGUUCAUUGUUUGAUUGUUAUUUUAUGUUUGUAUUCGUAAAAUAUACACUUUAGUUACAUGAAUAUUUUUAUCGAAAGUUUAUUGCCUUUUCAUAUUUA